AUGUCACACGUGGCAUUUUCUACCCUCGUACGGCCCGGGCCCGGCACUGCCCGAGACUCUCUUGAGCUUGCAUCCCUAGCUUCCUCCGAAGCCGAAAUUAUAACAUCGAGGUCGACAUCUCCUUCGGGCGUAUCUUCUUCACGGAGGGCAUCCCUCGAAAACCAAGACCCUCUCUCAGAGUCUCCUUACGAAGUCUCCAGUUCACGGCAUGCUCGAUCAUACUCUGUUUCCUCCGCAUUCGAUUUCGGGAACAAUCUAUUUCCUCUAUCGCAAACAGUUGGAGGAUAUACUCCGCUUGGAGCGCCAUCGUCCGCGUCAUUGGAACAUGCUGGUUUAGUGGAUGGCACCCUCGAAAAGCGCAAAACUUUGACCUACCUUAAUGGACUUUCUUUGAUCGUUGGGUUGAUUAUUGGCUCUGGUAUAUUUUCUUCUCCGGGACGAGUAAGCUCGAAUGUUGGAUCGCCUGGCGCGUCUUUAAUAAUAUGGGCUGUGGCUGGGAUACUUGCAUGGACAGGCGCGGCGAGUUACGCUGAACUAGGAGGUGCUAUUCCGUUAAACGGUGGAGCACAAGUAUACCUAGCGAAGAUUUUCGGCGAGAUUGCGGGGUUUUUAUUUGCUUGGUGUGCUGUGUUUGUUCUCAAACCUGGCUCUGCUGCGAUUAUCGCCAUAAUUUUCGGAGAAUACGUUGUACGGGCAGUUGUCGGUACACACGUCGAGGCCGUCAAUCCAUGGAUCAAUAAAGGCGUGGCGUUACUGGGACUUGCCAUCGUUACCUUCUUCAAUUGCGUAUCGACGAGACUGGGGACACGAAUCGGGGAUGUCUUCAUGUUUUUCAAGUUUAUUGCGCUGCUCGGAGUUACUAUUACUGGAAUCAUCGUUGCGUGCACAGGCAUAUCAUAUGACGGAAAGCCAAAUAAGGAAUGGAAAACCACCGGGUGGUUUGAAGGGACUAAUAAGGAUGUCUCCAGCUGGGCCGUAGCAUUGUAUGCUGGUCUCUGGGCGUUCGACGGCUGGGAUAACACAAACUAUGUCACCGGGGAAUUCAAACGUCCUAGUCGAGAUUUACCACGCGUGAUUCAUACGGCUAUGCCUCUCGUUAUUCUCUGCUACCUUCUUGCCAACAUGGCAUACAUCUUCGUCCUACCUUCUUCUACCAUUGCUGGUACUAAUACUGUCGCUGUACAGUUUGGCGGCAAGGUAUUUGGCCCCAUUGGUGCUAUAAUCAUUGCUCUUAUCGUCUCUGGCAGCUGCAUUGGGGCCUUGAAUGCCACCACGUUUACUAGUGGUAGACUAAUCUACGCUGCUGGUAGAGAAGGCUACCUGCCCUCUGUAUUCGGCCAGAUUGGGGUUGGAAACUCCACAAAUCCUUCAAGUGAUCGUUUGAGGACACGUUCAUGGUUUCAAAAGCUCCUCGUUCGCGCGUUCGGGGACGAUGUCGGCAUCGGCUAUACCCCCAUUUACGCAAUGAUAUUCAAUAGUACUCUGUGCUCAUGUUACAUCGCAGUUGGCGAAUUCGGAACUCUUGUCACGUUUUAUGGAGUAGCAGGGUAUACAUUCUACUUUCUCACCGUCCUUGGCUUAAUCGUACUUCGUAUACGAGAGCCGAAUUUAGAACGCCCAUACAAAACCUGGAUAUCGACACCUAUCAUAUUCUGCUGCGUCAGCUUGUUUUUGCUUAGUCGUGCGGUAUUCGUGCAGCCAUUACAGACCCUGGUUGUAGUGGGAUUUAUUGUUGCAGGAGUUCCUGUAUACUUCUGGCGAAUAUCACAGCGGGACGGGAAGUUGGAGUUGAGUGCGGGCUGGUGGAAAUUCUGGCAAAGAUGGGGAAAGGCAUAA